AUGAUGAAUGAAAGACAAGUGGAAAUUAAAACUAGUGGAGCAGUUGCUCUAUACACGCAAUUAGAGAUGAGAAAGAGAAGAGAGGGUGAGAAAACCAGCCAAAGUACAAAAAAAUCAGAUAACGACGCAUUAAAUUCAAAAUUUGCAAAAUCAAUUCGCGAUUUUUUGCGUAAAGUGACAUUGGCCUUGGAUUUAAAAACAAAAGAGGCGGAGGAAUUAUUUUCCGCUGCAACAAAAAAAAUUGAGGACUCAAUAAAAGCGAGUAAUCAAUUUUUAAACAAGGAAAUCGAACAAUCGAAACAAUCAAUUUUACAAUUAAUGCAAAUUUCUCAACAUCAAUUUGAUUCACAUAAAAAUUGUAUGAAUCAAUAUAAUCGUAAUAUUGAGAGUGUUAAAAAACAAUUUAACAAUAAAAUUCGCGAUUGCAGUGAAAAAACUCUCAUUCAACUUGAAACAAUUCGCAGUAAUUAUGAAAAUAAUUUAGAUCAAGUACGUGAUUUAAAGAAAUUAACAACACGUGCACUCAAGGAAUGUUUAAAUAAAAAGGAAAGUAUAAAAAAUUGCGUCGAAACAGAAAAUCAAACUGCACAUGAGAAAUAUAGUAAACUUUUGGAUAAAUUAAAAUCAUCAUCAAACGAUUCAAUUGAAACUAUUGAUCAAGUAUUGAAAUCAGCGAAUAUUUGCUUUAAAAAUGCACAAAUUGAAGUUCAAAAAACAAUUCCCGGAAUUAUCGAAAAAAUGUCCAAUUGCAUUAAACAAUCAAAUCAGGAAGGAGAUAAAAAUUUGGAAAAAAUGGAAAGUGACAAAAAAGUGGAAAAAUUGAAAUCAAUAACAAUUUCGAUAGAAUUGCCAAAUGAGGAAAAUGAAAAAAUGGAAUGUCUUCAUGAAGCACAAAAAGAUGCUCUAAAUACGGUAAAUGUAGUUUUACAUGAAAUCGAGUCCUCGGAAAAAUUUACAGAAACUUUAAAGAAAUCGAAUAAAAAAAAUCCUCACGUACAACAAGUUCUUUAUCAAACUCAUAAAUUAUUUCAAGAGGCAAAACGAGUUUUACAAAAAUGUACUGAUAAUAAUACGAACAAAAAUGCGGAAGUCGAUAUUCUUGAGUGUCUCAGUGACAUCUUUGAUUCCAUAAAAUUGAGCAAGUCAGAGAUAAUAAAAAAGAUUGAAACUUUAAGAAAUGAUGGAAAAAAAUCAAACCUUGAAUUUGAUAAGGCCCUUGAGUGGAUAUCGUCUGCUGAAGAAAAAUUACACAAGCUUAAAGAAAUAUUUCAAGAGUGUAAAAAAUCUGACAAGAAAUAA